AUGUCUCAGAUCCAGCACGCGGCUCUGGACCAGCAGGGCCGGUACAACCAGAUCUGCACCCGUGGCGGCAGCUGCCCGCCCCCCGCAGACGGUUCCGAGCCGGCCCACUGCCCCGGCCACAAGAGCCGGAGUCCCCGCAGGAAGUGGCAGGUGUUCCCAGGCAGGAACAGGUUCUACUGCGACGGCAGGAUCAUGAUGGCCCGGCAGACUGGGGUCUUCUACUUGACCCUGGUCCUCAUCCUGCUCACCUGCGGCCUCUUCUUUACCUUUGACUGUCCUUUCCUGGCGUCCAACCUGACCCCGGCCAUCCCAGCAGUCGGCGGCGUUCUCUUCAUCUUUGUGAUGGGGAUGCUGUUCAGGGCAAGUUUCAGCGACCCCGGCAUUUUACCCCGAGCGACACCAGACGAGGCCGCCGACCUCGAGCGACAGAUUGACUCUGCAGGAUGCUCCAGGCCACCUCCUCGGACCCGAGAGGUUCUCAUCAACGGGCAGACGGUCAAGCUGAAAUACUGCUUCACCUGCAAGAUCUUCAGGCCACCCCGAGCGUCGCACUGCAGCCUGUGCGACAACUGUGUGGAGCGCUUCGACCAUCACUGUCCGUGGGUGGGGAACUGCGUCGGGCGGAGGAAUUAUCGCUUUUUCUACCUGUUCAUCCUCUCCCUGUCCCUCCUCACUGUCUUCAUCUUCGCCUUCGUCAUCACACACGUCAUCCUCAGAUCGAACCAGACGGGUUUCCUGAGCGCGCUCAAAGACAGCCCAGCCAGCGUCCUGGAGGUGGUGGUGUGUUUCUUCUCCGUUUGGUCCAUUGUCGGCCUGUCGGGCUUCCACACCUACCUGAUCAGCUCUAACCAGACCACCAACGAGGACAUUAAAGGGUCCUGGUCCACCAAACGAGGGAAGGAUAACUACAACCCGUACAGCUACGGGAACAUCCUGACCAACUGCUGUGCUGCCCUCUGUGGACCUCUACCUCCCAGUCUGAUUGACAGGAGAGGUCUGAUCCACUCCGGCAUGCCGCAGACCGUCUCCCAGUCCAAUGGCACCAGCAACAGCAGCUACGCCUCCACUCAGCUCCACAGCAACAUGUGUGAUCAGGAUCAGUGCAUCCAGAGCACCAAGUUUGUGCUGCAGGCUGCCACCACGCCUCUGCUGCACAGCGACCCCGUCGUGCUGGCCCCGCUGCCAGGUAAGACCACCACUCUGGGGGGCCCCUGCGCCUACCUUGCCCCUGCCCAGCCGUCCCUGCCAUCCUGCGGAGGCGAUGUCCUGACGCUGAGGGACGCCGCUGUCGACUCCCGCUGUCACCACCACCUGCACCUACAUCACCACCAUCACCACCACCACUUUGUGAGUCCGGAGGAGACGCCAUGCGCCACGCCACAGGGUGCCCUGCCCUGCCCCACACACCUGCACCUCCACCACCAACCCCACCCUGCCAUCCCCUCCCCCGCUGCCCUGUACGACCCUGCCAGUCAGGACGCUCUACACGAGGACUCGGUCAGGGGGCUGGUGAAGCUCAGCUCCGUCUGAAUGUGACGUCCGUUGGACAGAUUUUUACUGUCUAUGUUCAAAAAAACUAAACAAAUAAAACAAACUGUUUCCAAAUCGUGAUGAUAAAAACGAACACACCUCAGUAAAACAUCUGAUCACAAACUCAACUGAUGGGCUGACGUCUCCGGUGAAGAUUGUCCUCACAGCAAAGACUUGUCUCCAGACGCCAGAGAAAUGCUGACACUUUCUCCCUUUUAGACUUUUUGUCUUUGAAGCUUCUCGACUUCACAUUUUUUGUGACUUUGUUUGGCAGCUUUUAGAAAGUCCACCUGUUCUGCCCCGUUUGUCCUGUAUUAAAUAUUACUUUAGUAAACUCAA